ACGAGCGCUAGUGUCGGCUUGGGUUGUUGUUUCCCAUCCGCCAUUUUCCAGUCGCCAUUGAAAGGUGAAAACUUCAUUAAAUGUCGGUGAUGAUUUUAAGAUUUUGAGUGGUUUCUUUAAGUUUGAACCUGUUAUUAGUGUUGUGAUAUGAAAAUGAAGUGCCCUGGACUACCAUGACGCAUCAAAAUCACCAAACAAACGGUGCUAGUCUCGAGGAUUGCCACACAAACUUCUUUGCCUUGACUGAACUCCACGGGAUAAAAUGGCGUAAGCUGGUAUGGGGCGAGACGAGCGGCGGCGGGGACGGCGAGGACGGCGCGGCGCCGCUCGCCGACCCGGUGAUCAGCAGCUACGCGCGCUGCCUCGCCGGCGACAUCCUGUGCGUGUGGCGGCGCGUGCCGGCCCCGCAGCCGCUCGACUUCGACAUGGCCAUGCCCGCGCCGCCGCCGCUCUCGCUGCGCGCCUCCAAGGAGCUAUGGAUCUUCUGGUACGGCGAGGAACCCGACCUGACCGGCCUCGUCGCGCCCGAACUCAUGGAGAGCCAGGGCGACCAAGGAUCCUGGGAAAGCGGACUGUCGUACGAGUGUCGGUCGUUGCUUUUCAAGGCGCUGCAUAAUCUCAUCGAGAGAUGUCUGCUGUCGCGCGACUUCGUGCGGCUCGGCAAGUGGUUCGUGCAGCCCUACGACGGCGACGAGGAGGACGUCGGCAAGAGCAGCCCGUGGCACCUGUCGUUCUCGUUCGCGUUCUUCCUGCACGGCGAGAGCACGGUGUGCGCGUCGGUGGACGUCCGCCAGCACCCGCCGGUGCGCACGCUCACCGCCAAGCGGCGCGCGCGCCUGCACGCGCCGCCACCGCACGCGCAGCCGGACAACAAGGUGAUCCUGGCGCCGUUCGGUUUGGAGGGGCGCGUGACGGGCCGCGAGUGGAGCGACUCGGAGCCGGCCACCGCACGCCUGCUCGAUGCUUGGCGGCAGCUCUACCCGCUUGAACAGGCCUGCGGCGCUGUUGAGGUGGAGUGCGGCGGCGUGCGCAUGCGCUACCCGGUGCCGUACGUGCUGGUGACGGAGAUGGAGGCGGGCAGCGGCGCCGCGCCGCCCGCGCGCCAGCUCGCCGCGCGCACGCUGCGCUCGCUCGCCACGCCCGCGCCGCACCAGACGGCGGAGGCUUGCUACGCGGACGCGGCGGGUGACUCGAGCGAGGACUUCGUGGACCCGACUCGCAAAGCGCCCUGCUCCUGCGCCAAGUGGCGGCGCCGGCGCGCCCCGCGCCCGCUGCCCUUCCACCGCCGAGCCGCGCGCGCCGCGCCCCGCGCCCGCCCCGCCGGGUGCGGCGGCGCGAACGGGCGCGGCACGUGCUCGCCGGCCAGCUGCGGGGGCGCUUCGCCCGCCGCGCCGGGCUCCGCCCCCUCGCCGCACCACACCGCCAUACCUUCCCACCAGGGCCCCAACGUGCCGACGACGCUGCACACGCCGGCGCCGACGCCCGACCCGCUGGCGCCGCCCACACCCGCACCGCCUUCGCACCACCACCAGGGGCCGGCGGGCGCGACCCCCGGCCCGCCGGCCCCGCUGCCGCGCCGCCCGCUGCUGCCCGCCGCCGAGAAGCGGCUCGACCCGCUCGAGGACGAGCACGAGCUGCACAUGCUGUACGACUACAGCACCGUGCACGCCUGGCUCGAGCACCCCGUGAAGCGUUUCAAGAGCGACGAGAACACGUUCCGCGAGGAGCUGGCGCUGGGCGUGAGCGGCGGCGACCUGUACGCGGGGCAGGAGUACACGCGCCCGCCGGACUGCGUGCACGCGGACCGCGUCGACGUCAAGCACGAGAAGGUGGAGCCGGAGGAUAUAAAAGACUACAAGAACCUAUUUCGAUCGGACGGCCUGUGCCCGACGUUCAAAGACCUGGAGCAGAUAUUCGACAACUCGGACGACGCGGCCAGCGGUGAUGAGACGGUAAGACUUUUGCAAGUGCAGACGCCGCCGGACUCGAACAAGUCGUCGGAGGUGCGGUGCGUGCGCGCCGAGGAGCUGAGCAAGAUGUUCCCGACGCCGCCCAGCAUGGAGGCGCACGCGCAGCCCUCGCCCGGCUUCUGCCCGCCCGACGAGCUGCCCGUAGGCGCGCUCACCCGCCACGGCAGCCCGCCGCGCGACCCCAUCGAGGACUGGUCGUACGUGUUCAAGCCGGCGACGGUGUACAAGUACGUGGGCUCGUCGAAGUACGCGCCGCUCACAGCGCUGCCGAGCCAGCUGCUGCCGCCCGUGGCGCUGCCGCCGCACGCCGUGUACCGCCCGCGCUGGCAGCACGACCCCGAGCCAGCUGCUGCCGCCCGUGGCGCUGCCGCCGCACGCCGUGUACCGCCCGCCACGGGCGGCGUGAAGCGCUCGAUCUCUACGGCCGCAGAGCGCACGCCCGCCGGCGUCACCUCAGCGCGAGGCGGCGCGGGCGCGGCCGGCCCCAACACCGCCUCGCCUCGCCGCGCGGCGCCCGCCUCGCCCGCCUCGCCGCGCGCGCCCGCGCCCGCCUGCCCGCUGCUGCUCAACGUGCUGCUCGCUGACACCGUACUCAACGUGUUCAGAGAUCACAACUUUGACAGUUGCACGCUGUGCGUCUGCAACGCGGGGGGACGGAGUGUGGGCAACAUCCGCGGCGCGGACGCGUCUACGUACCUGCCCGGCGUGGAGUGGGGCGGCGGCGCGGAGGACGAGCCGGCGCACUGCUCGUGCGGCUUCAGCGCUGUGGUCAACCGCCGCCUUGCGCAUCGAGCCGGCCUCUUCUAUGAGGACGAGUUGGAGAUCACGGGCGUGGCGGAGGAGCCGCGGGUGCGGUGCGGCGGGGGCGGGGGCGGCGCGGGCGCGGCGGGCGGCGGGCUGGGCGACGUGGCGGGCGUGCUGGUGGCGCAGUGCGCGGCGCCCGCCGGCGGCAGCGCGUCGGCGCUCGCGCGGGCCGCCCGCCGCGCCGCCGGCAAGCACGCGCCGCCGCACGACGACCACCGGCUCAACCUGCUCGAAUACUCUGAUGGCGGCGCGGCAGCGAUGUGCGCGCUGCGUGCGGCCGCGGGCGGUGCGCUUGCGCAGCCCAAGACCACAAACGGCAUUACCUCCGGCGCCGUGCACAGGUGGCCAUUCAUCGGUGCACGGGCGCCGCGGUCAUCAAGGGAUGUUGUCAGACUGAUGCGGCGGCUACGGCCGCUGCUGCAGGACGCGAUCCAGAAGCGGUGCGCGGGCGCGCGCAUGUGGGACGGCGUGACGGGCCCGCUGACCUGGCGCCAGUUCCACCUGCUGGCGGGCCGCGGCAACGAGGACCGCUGCGAGCCGCAGCCCGUGCCGCCGCUGCUGGUCGGCUACGACCGCGACUGGCUCUCGCUCUCGCCCUACGCGCUGCGCCACUGGGAGCGGCUCGCGCUCGAACCCUACUCAUAUAGUCGAGACGUGGCGUACGUGGUGCUGGCGGCGGACGGCGAGGCGCUGUCGGAGCCGCUGCGCGCGUUCUUCCGCGAGCUGUCCGCCGCGUACGAGGCGUGCCGGCUCGGCCGCCACCAGCCCAUCUCGCGCAUCGCGCGCGACGGCAUCGUGCGGACCGCGCCCGCGGAUGUCGACCGAGACACGAAUUGCGAAGAAUGGACGGGCGAGUUACCACCGGGGCGGCUGGGCGAGUACGUGCGCGCGUACGCGGACACGAUGCGCGCCAACCUCGUGCCGCAGCUGGCCGCGCUUAGUGUAGACAAGACGUUAUUCGAAUCAAACAACAGUACGGGGGCGAUGCGACCGCCCGCCGCGCCCGACCGGCCGGACACGCCGAGCGGCGCGGGCGGGGCGAGCGGCGGCAACAGCAGCGAGCACGAGGACGCCGGCACGGGCGGGGCCAGCAGCACGGGCACGCUGGGCGCCGCGUGGGAGGAGGACGAGGGCGGGCCGCCCGCGCUCGUGCUGUACGUGGUGGAGCCGCCGGCUGCGCACGCGCACCGCCCGCGCGCGCUGCACGCGCUGCUGCGACUCGUCGCGCAGGCGUACAACCACCUGCACCAUCACAACCCAUUGAUCAAGCUGAUCUCGCUGGAGGGCGUGUGCGAGACGUGGUGCGGCGGCGGGGGCGCGGGCGGCGGCGCGGGGCUCGGCGCGGAGCUGCGCGCGCUCGCCUUCAGCGUGUUCGCGGGCACGCGCCGCCUGCUCGCGCACGCGCCCAACGGCAAGUCGCUCACCGGCUUCGGCACCGCUGCCAACGCUAACCUCUUCCUAUCCUCUAAAGACGAGAAGAACCGCGCCGCGUACCGUCUGUUCUCGCCGGCGUGGGUGCUGGCGCCGCCGCGGGCGCCCAAGGAGGUGGCGGAGACAUGGGGGCAGGCGGGCGGCGAGCACGGCGCCGUGCUGUACGUGGCGUACUGCCUGUCGCACGACCAGCGCCACCUGCUGGCCGCCGCCACGGACGCGCGCGGCGAGCUGCUCGACACCGCCGCCAUCAACAUACACGUGCCCGCCAGAUCGCGAAGAAAACGCGGCGGUCCGGCGCGGCGGCUGGGGCUGACGAAGCUGAUGGACUUCACGCUGGGCGUCAUGUCGCAGUCGGCGCAGCCCUGGCGCCUCGUCGUGGGCCGCGUGGGACGCAUCGGACAUGGGGAGCUUAAAGGCUGGAGCUGGCUGCUGUCGCGGCCGAACCUGAACCGCGCGUCGAACACGCUGCGCGAGAUGUGCGGCAGCUGCUCGCUGCUGUACCCGAGCGGCGCGCCGUGCAUCCUGUCCGCGUGCCUCGUGUCCACGGAGCCCGACUCGUGCCUGCGCCUCAUGGCCGACCGCUUCACGCCCGACGAGCGCUUCUCCAAGGCCUCCAUCCAGUCGCACCUGCACACGCCGCGCGAUGUCACCGCCACGCACAUACUCGUCUUCCCCACCUCCGCUACUACGCAGUCGAACCAGAUGCCGUACGAGCAGCCAACAGCGAACGGCGAGGAGAACGAGCUCCUGCUCGGGCUGGAGAUGGUGGACGAGGAGAUGGGCGAGGUGCAGAUGACGGACCUGCUGAUCGGCGACAUGUUCACGUGCUGGCAGGGCAGCCCGCGCGCCUCCCCGCGCCGCGACGACGAGACCAGCCGCGACGGCAGCCCGCAGCGCCUGCACCCCGCCGCCGCGCCCGGGCACUACCCGCGCGAGGACGACCACCAGCCGGAGCAAGUGGGCACGGUGCUGCAGCAGCCGCUGGCGCUGGGCUACCUGGUGUCGACGGCGCCGCUGGGCGCGAUGCCGGGCUGGUGGUGGGCGGGCUGCGCGCACCUGCGCGACGCGUGCCCCGCCUUCCUCAAGAACGCGCUCCACCUGCAGUGCAGCGCGCCGCCGCACGACGACUACGUGGCCAUCACGCAGCGCCGCGACCACAACGCGCACCCGCUCGACUCCACCACCACCACCGACGUGCUCAGAUAUGUGCUGGAAGGCUACAACGCGCUGUCGUGGCUGGCGCUGGACGGCACGACGCACGACCGCGUGUCGUGCCUGCCGCUGCACGUGCAGGUGCUUAUGCAGCUGUACCACACGGCCGCAGCGCUCGGCUGAGCGGCUCACCGUACCCACAUGUGUGAUAAAGUGCUUUGUGUCUGUGAAGUGUAACAACCAAGUGUUAACAUCGUCUACAGUGUUUUGUGAAGUGCCCAAUCAUCAAGCAAGAAGCUAGUGUGACAUCGAUUGAAACGGCAUUGUGAAAGUCAUUUUGACUUUAGGUAGAAGUACAAUAUUUGUCAUCAAGGGAGUAGAAAACCACCGAUCAGCACAUUUCUUUAUGAGUCUUGAUACGGCCGUCUUUAGUGCAAAUUGUUUUAUUGGAGUAGUCUAUUCAUCUGUUUGUACUGCCACAUAUCUAGUGAGGUAAAAUGUUAUUGGAUGUAAUGACACAUACAUCUAUCAGAUGGUCUUGGCCUCACCCAGGCCUGUGUUUAAGUCACUUUGUGUCUGCCUUUUCUUAGAAAUGCAUUCUGAACAUUAGCGUAUGAAAACAUGAUACAUGCUUGUGUGUGCAUCCAUUAAUAUAGUUUGCUUAGUACCUAGGACAUAUUCAGAUUUCUAUAAACAGUUUAAAAUGUGUGCAUUCAUUCACAAGUCAAGUAAAAUGUGUAUAAAACUUUAAAAUCAACUUAAUUUUUUUUUAUGUAUAGUGCCAAUUGAAUUAAUUUGUCUUCAAGUAAAAACCAUUUACAGCCUUAUUUGUUGUUAAAUAUAUAAUAUUAUAUAUGUUAUAUUUAUUAUACACGAGAAACAAUUUUGAUAAACCAAAUAUGGCGAGAUAUCGCGCACAAAAUGAGUAGACACUAUAAAAUAUAUUUAGAAAAGUAUACUAGGUCAUUCUAGUAACUAAUCUCUUGGAGGUCCAAUUUGGCUCAUAAAUGUGAAUCAUUGUAGAUGCAACAUAAGUCAUGAUAGUAUUCUAAGGGCAUUUGAUUUAUUGACUCGAGUAUUUAAAUGACUCAUCCAUGAAAGUCUUUUUGAACAUUCUUCCGUUUUCUUAAUCUCUCCUUUCUUUUUGUAAUAGAGUUACCUCAUUUUAUAUGUACACUUUGACUCAAUCCAGAUAGAAUAAAUUAUCCAUGAAUGCUUUUUAGAAAUGUAUUAUAAAUUAUCUUAUUUAUAUGUAUAUUAUGUUGUGUAUAUAAAGUAUUCUAAUUAGCAACUUCUCACUAAACAAUAAUUUAAAAUAAUGUCUAGAGUUUUUCACUCGACUUCAAAAAAUAGCAUACUUAGUUAUGAUAUUUCCUAAUGGUCAGAUUUCUCUUAAGUGAAAGUGUAGUUAUCACAAGCUCCGUGGAUCAUCUCGUAAUGUUAAUGUGUUGUUAUAUUGUACUGAGUAUACAUAUUUAUAAAUGUUUAUUUUACAAACCGGUAUCAAUUACCAAAGCGUUAGAUAUUUCGUUUUUAGGAUUUUUAGAUAUUUUUUUUAUAACAUUUUAAAAAGAUUCGCAUCACAGGGUUCUCGAUUAAUUUUAACAUUAGAGUCAAAAUUAUUUGGGUUUUAUUUUCAUUAACUAUUUAUUUUUGUAUGUAAUUUAUUGUUUUGAACAAUUAAUUUUUCUUUCCAAUUAAUAGUAAAAUGUAGUGUUAUUUGAAACAGUAUCAAGUUAUAGACCAAUGUUUUUGGGUCACAUCCAUUUUUACAAUCAGGGAGCAAACGGCAAUUUUUCAAAAAACAUUAUAUAUCAAGAUUUUUACUAGGAAAAUUUUUGCUACAACUAUACAUAGCCAACUGCCAAGCGUAGCGAACAUAGUGGAUGAACAUUGACAGAACGCCAGGCAACACUGAUAUCUUAUGUACUCGUACCUCUUAAUUUCAGAAGUAAUUAGUAACACCAAUAGUUAGUCAUAUAUAUAGAUAAUAACAAAGUUAGGGGGUCACAUUUGGAUUAGCAUUUGUAUAUUUAGAAGUCGUUUUAUAUAAAAAAUAUUUAAAUAUAAUAAUUGAAUAUGGAAGGAAAAUGUUGCUUCGUCGAAUCUCGGGCAGUUUGGUAGUUAUAUGAAAUUUUCUAUUUUAAUAUAUUAUAAUGUUAAAGUCAAUAUUCUAGAUGGUGUGCAGUUGUUAUACAUGUAUGUGGACCGCGUGAUGUGGAUUGCGUUAAAAACUUAAGAUCAUUGUUUUGAAUAGUUUUAUUUGUAAUUAUCAUCAGCUCUUGACGAAAAUAUAAAAAUAUGAAUUAUUUUUCAAUUUAUGUUGCCAAUUAUUUAUAUUCUCCUUUUCGCAAAAAUCAGUAAAAUCAGCUGCGCGUGCUGAAGCUAGACAAAUUGUACAGUAUGAUGUGGCGUUACGCCAGUUAUACAUAAUUUAUUUAGUUGUAACGUCGGCUCGACCGCCACUUAAUUGAAUUACGCCUAGUUGAAUAUGUAUGAAAUGUUUUAAAUGUGUUACAGCAUUUGAGAAUAUUUAAUGAUGUUGUAUAUAGUUUAUAUUUUGUUUUGUAAAAGGACAUUUUGUAAAUAGAUGACGUAGAGACGUUGAGUUAAUUAUUCGCCCACUUUGCCAUUGUGUAAUGGAGCACAUUUUAAAGAAACCACUCGUAAUAUUUUGUACAGUUGUUAAGCGAGAUUCGUAGUUGAAUGAAUUAUUUGUAAGAUUUCUGUUUUUGACCUUUUUUGUUAUUGUGAAUUGUCAAUUUUUUUAGGGAAUUGGGAUUAUACUGUAAAUAGACCUCACCAUAUUAGCUGUAAGAUCAAAUCCAAUGAUUGAUGUGGAAAUCAAAUUUUCUAAACGGAGCAAUCAUUAGGAUUCGUAAACAAAAUUAGUAUAAUACUUGAUAUUAAUAUAACUUUAUAAAUAACUGAAAAUAGGUAAUAAUAAUUAUGAAUAAAAUAUUACAUAUUUAA